UAGUUAUUCAUGAUGCACGGUGAUGUAUAGAUCAGUCAGUCUUGAAUCGCCUUUAGUCGGAUACGUUUCAUACAUUUUUACGAAAUAGCAAAUGUUUAGCAUUGCAUUGGCUUUAGGUCUGGUUGCUAGAGUUUCUUGUUGACAGGUUAUUAUUUAGAAAAAAAUGCUAACACAAUUAGCUGUUUUCGGUUUUGAUUUGGUGAUUGGAGGGGAUGCAACUUUUCCAAAACGGUYUGGAAUGACAUCAUUUGACUUUUUGCAGGAUGUUACAGAAAAYCGCGGUUAAACAGGCUAUAUUGUAGCAACAACGAGGUGUUUUAAAACAMUGUCAUUUUUUUCUGCUGCUUCAAAUGUCAAAGAAAGAUUUGGAAGAUGACAUAUGGGAAUAUAAGCCUCUCAAGAAGAAGAAGAAAAGAAAGGACAAAGACACACCUGAAACUUUUAAUGGACCCAUGACUAAGUACAGACAAGCCUCAAAAAGUUUAACCAAAGGAGACACUUCUGUCCAAGUCAGAGAUGUGAAGCUCACCAAAGUAGCUCCAAAUAAAGCCCUCGGUGUGAAGGCAAAUGAGUCUAUUCAAAAUAAACUAUCAACUCAAAAUGUCGCCUUUCCACAGUCAACACAGGAUAAUGAUAGUACACUUACUGCUGGAGAGAACGUGCACCAGGCAUCUUCCACUGGAGGAAGUUACUGUCCGAUCUGUCAGAUGCCAUUCUCUAUAUUGGUGGUGCAAUCGCAAAGAUGGCAUGUCGCAGAAUGUCUUGACACUCCUGGGGAUGACCGCAAAGAAUGUCCCAAUGGUAUCCAGUGCUACUCCACCAUUCUGAGCCACUACCAGAGAUACAGCCACUCCCUGCUUGCCCACAGCCGAGCAACCAAUGAGGCGCCCUGCCUCAGCUUGGAGUUGGUAACCAAUGGCGGGGCCAAUUUAAGCUUGGAAAGCUCACAGGACAGCCAAAGUUCUUCUCCUAUUAACAGACACAGUGGAGCUACAUCCCCCACAAAGCCAAAUGCCCUUCUGCUGCUCCGGUCUCCUGCUCCAGAGGUAAUCCGAAAAAAGAAAGGCUGGUCACCUUCUACCAAAGGCAUGAAGUCUACCCUCCAAGACAAUAAAACAAAAGUAUUAACCCCCCAUAAGGACAAUAGUGGGGUUGAAGGCCUUGAGGGUGGUUUUGUCAAAGCAGAGCCCUCAGCUUCUAGUGAUGAUGAGAUCUCCUAUUCCCCCAUGUCUGAGUUUCCCCAAGAUAUAGAAGUUAAUGGGACACAACCAAAAAAAGCUCUAUUUCCAAGCAGUAUGUUAGAAGAUGGGGAAAAUAAUGACUCAAUGUUGUUGUUCAGUGAUGGAGUCUCAAGUGAUGAGUUAUUUUCCAACCUUGUGGCUCAUUCUGAAACGAAUGAAGUUGUAGGUUCUCCAGUAUUCAGCGACAGCCAGGUGGUAUCGAUUGGCUCAUUAGUGCAUAGCAAUCACCUACCUAGCUUGUCAAGAGAAGAGCAUACAGAGGAUAACUGUAAUGCCUUCAGUGCUAAGCCUCCACUCCAGUCUGCAAAAAGUAUAGUAUUAGAAAGCUUACGGGAGAGCCUGUUCAGCCCAAGCAGCAAUUGCAGCCUACAUUCCAAAAGCUUGGAUCAGUGCCCCGCUCACACAAACACGGAGUUGAACAUGUCAUUACCUCAAGUGCCUCCAUCUUCCCAAGCUUCCCCCACCCAACAAUCUCAGGCAACCAUGACAACUAGGAAGGGUAAGGGCAAGGCCUCUGGGCUCAAACAGACAGACAUUGGGGUGUUUUUUGGGCUCAAGCCCCUGAAGGACAAAGGGAAGGAGCAAGAGGCUGGGAACGUUUUACCUGGGGUGAGUCUCCAUCAGGGUCCUGUACUUGAAGAGCGCAAAGGGGACCAUGGAGGACGUCAGAGGAAAGGCAGAAGUGCAAAUGCCACGGAGACCCCUAAAGUUGGAGUGAGAUCAGACGGUGGAAGUACACAGACUCCAAGUGAGGGAGGUAGGAAGAGGUGGAACAGGGGGAGAACCGAUGGAGAGCAAAGGGAGUCCAAGCGAUGCCCGUUUUAUAAAAAGAUUCCAGGCACUAAGUUAGCUGUGGAUGCUUUUCAGUAUGGGCUGGUUGAGGGCAUCACCACUUACUUCCUCACACACUUCCAUUCAGACCACUAUGGAGGCCUGAAGAAGAGCUCUACAUUCCAUAUCUACUGUAACAGCAUCACAGGUAACCUGGUGAAGAGUAAGCUGAGGGUGGCUGAGCAGUACGUCCACAUCCUGCCCAUGAACACCCAGGUCACUGUGGAUGGGUUGAAGGUCACACUGCUUGACGCCAACCACUGUCCAGGAGCUGCCAUGCUGCUGCUGUUCCUGCCCGAUGGCCAGACUGUGCUUCACACGGGAGACUUUAGAGCUGACCCUUCUAUGGAGGCCUACCACGAGCUGCUGAGCUGCCGAGUCCAGACACUCUACCUAGACACCACCUACUGCAGUCCUGAAUACACCUUCCCCACGCAGCAGGAGGUCAUAAACCUUGCGGCCAACACAGCCUUCAUGUGUGUGACCCUCAACCCUCGCACUUUGGUGGUGUGUGGCUCCUAUUCAGUGGGCAAAGAGAAAGUAUUCUUGGCUCUGGCAGAGGUACUGGGCUCCAAAGUUUGCCUGUCCCGGGACAAGUUCAACACUAUGUGCUGUCUGGAGUCGGAGCGCAUCCGCCAGCUCAUCACCACCGACUGGAAGGCCGCACAGGUCCAUGUGCUACCCAUGAUGCAGCUGAACUUCAAGAACCUGCAGGCUCAUCUGAGUAGGUUCUCGAGGCAGUAUGACCAGCUGGUGGCCUUCAAGCCCACGGGCUGGACCUUCAGUCAGAGGGUGGAGGCUGUGGAGGAUAUCAAGCCUAUGGUCCAUGGCAACAUCAGCAUCUAUGGCAUCCCCUACAGUGAGCACAGCAGCUACCUGGAGCUGAGGCGUUUUGUCCAGUGGCUGCGGCCCCUGAAGAUAAUCCCCACAGUCAACGUGGGCAGCUGGGCUAGCCGGAAGGCCAUGGAGAGGUGCUUCAGCGAGUGGCUAACAGAGGCUUACGAGGCUAAUAAUGUUAAAGGAGUCUAAAACAGGACACUUCAGUGUUCAUACACAGUGAACAGUAUAUGACAGUAACAGUAUAUGACACAAUACUUGAGUGUUACCUAAUUGGUUUAUUCGGAUCCCCGUUUGCUUUUGCCAAAGCAGCGGCUAUUCUUCCUGCGAUCCACACUAAAACA